UUUUUAAGCACUUUUGUAACAUCGCUAGUAACUUUCAAUUGUUCUUCCUACUGGUGCAGAAUGUUUAACAUGAGCGUAUCAGAAUGGCUGACUAAAACGUUACUGCUACCGAAACCAGAUCCUCGAACAGAUGCCUAUCCUUUAAUGAGCUCCUGGACACCUACUGUUUUAAUCUCACUCACCUACGUUAUUGGAGUAUACGCCUGGAGAACGGAAUGCUUGAAAAAACAAGGAAAACAGCCUAAAAAUAAAGAAGAGUUUCAGCGAAAUAAUGAUCAAUCAUCAUCAUGGGAUUUUCUCAAGUGUUUAAUGGUCUUAUAUAACGUAUCGAUGGUUAUCUACUCCUGUGUAAUCACCUUUGGUACUUUAUGGGCUGUCUGGUGUCUGGGCUAUGGAUUAGGUUGUGAAGAACAACCUGAUCCUACUCAUGAGAAGUUCAAUAGCCUUUUAUUCCUUGCAUAUCUUUUCUAUUUCUCAAAAUUUGUGGAAAUGUUGGAUACCGUUUUUUUCUUAUGGCGAGGUAAAGUGGAUCAAGUCACAUUUCUACACGUCUUUCAUCAUGCUAGUAUGCCGCCAUCAAUUUGGUGGGGAGUAAAAUAUGCACCAGGGGGUAUUACCUACAUGUUUCCGUUGGCCAACAGCUUCAUUCACAUUGUGAUGUAUACGUAUUACGGACUGGCUGCUGCUGGAGCAUAUCGUUAUUUAUGGUGGAAAAAUUACUUGACCUUGGCGCAAAUGAUUCAGUUUGUCAUUCUAAUUUUACACCAAGGUCAAAUAUUUGUACGUUCGGCACCAUGUAACUAUCCCAAGGUAUUUCCAGCCGUAAUUGUGCUCUAUGCUAGUUUGUUUCUUGGUCUAUUCUCUAAUUUUUAUGUGAAAGCUUACUGGCGUAAACAACGAUUGGCUAAAGGUGUACAACAACGAAACGGUCGAACAGGUGAGAAGUCAGGUGAUCAAAAAUCAUUAACCAAUGAGAAUGGCUCUAUGAAACAAAGCAAUGGAUAUGCAUCUCUCACUAAUCACCAAACAAGACUACGCAAAAUUGAGCAAUAAUGAUUGAGUAUUUGGAUAAUAGGAAAUAUAACAGUAUAAGUUCCUCCUUUAGAUUUUGAAUCAAGAACGCACAUAAACAAAGAUUGUUUAUAUUCCUAAUCUAUUGGAAAAAACUGCUCAUUUUCUCCUCUUCAUGUAUUUUGUAUGCUGGUGUGCAGCUGUUGCCUUUUAAUAUGUAGGUGUCACAAGCACUGCCUGCUUUCCGCUUUUUGUAUGUGUGUUGUACGUGUGCAUUCACUCACUUUGGAAAAUAGUGCACAUGGUAAAAUAGAAAACUGACACUUGUUGUGUUGACGUUCGAGUAGAAACUGUAUUCGUCCAUGCGUACAGAAGUUAACCCCUGUCUACUGUGAGACACAACAACAAAGUGUGCACACAUCUCCCCGUGCAUAUGUGUGUGUUUCUACGCAUGUUCUCUCUUCCUUUACUGACUCCAAGCUGGUUUGCUCUCCUAAUCUCACUCUUUUCUCUUUCUUCCAGUUCCUACCACGAGUGUAAAAUUGAAUGAAUCUUGUAUAGAUCAUUAGUAGUUUGCGUAACAUAAAUUGAUGUAUAUGUUUGACAAAUAAUUUCGAGUUACGCUUC